AUGGAGACCAUCCGCACUGAGCAUCAACCGAGUCACUUCAUUAUGGAUGCCGUCGAUUACUCGUCUUGGGGACAAGGAGAGCUGGGGGAGCGUUAUCUCGAGUCAUGCAACACUGAUUUCUCUAAUCCGUUUGAUGAAACUUCUCCUGAAUCGUGCUUUGACGGAGAUUCGACCUGGAUGGAUGGCUGUGGGCAAUUAAACUAUCCCCAUAGUCACUUGUCGCCCCGGGCUGUUCUCCAUGCGUUUCACGCACCCGAGGUAACCAACUCGGUACCAACUGAGUCUACUCAGACUCCACUGCAAGAAACUCCAAUCUCAAGUGCAAAACUAAAUCCAAACCCGAAGCGAAAAACGACGACAGCGACAAAGUACGACAAAAUCAAUAUCGUCAACUCAAAACUAAAACGGGCUUGUCGGUCGCGUUCGAAAUCCUCUUCUCCUGCCACUCCCGACCUCCUCCUUGCCAACAAGGAAAAAGUUAGCGAUGAAGAUGAUACCUGCCUAGAACGAAGCCGCGUUGCAUCCAACAAGUUUCGGGAACGCAAGCGUUACGAAAUCGCCCAACUUGAGUCAAAGGAAUACACCAUGGAAGAUUUAAACCGUCAGUUACGCGGUAUGCUUGACGCAUUGGCGAGCGAGAUUCUGUCCCUCAAGAUGCAGCUACUUCAGCAUACAAGCUGCAACUGCGAACUUAUACAAGUCUAUAUCAGUAAGGAAGCACAUCAUUUCGUCGAGUCUACAGAGCGUUGCCAAGGGGCAGGUUUCACAAAAUGA